AUGUCAGAAGACUACCUCAACACCCCCGUCUCCCUCGACGACUUCCGCAAGCUAAUCGGCCUCCCCACCGAGCCCGUCCCCGCCCCCGCCCACCGCCUCCCACGCUGGUGGCCCAGCAUCGCGCGCGUAGCGCAAGACCCUGAAAACAACAUCGGCAUCUACGAAAACAUCAUCUACGAAGAACACCGCAGCAGCCGCAAAGCGCACGCCUACGACCUCCUCGUCUACGGCGGCAUCAUCGGCCAGCUCAUCAUCUCGGCGCUGCUCAUCCUCCUCGCCGCGACCCCUUCAGACCACCACGUGUCGCUUGCCGUUCUGGGCGCGUUCAAUGGCGUCGCCACGGGGAUACUGGCGUUGGUGAGGGGACAGGGUUUGCCGACGAGGCUGCUAGAGUACUCCGAUGGGCUGAGGAGGGUGAGGGAGCGGAUUGAGUGGGUGGAGAGGGAGUUGGAGACGGGGAAGAGGGAGGUGAGGUAUUCAGAGGUAGUGGCGUUGAAGGAGUUGUAUGAGAGGAUUCGGGAGGAUGAACAGAAGAAUCGGCCGGGGAGUUGGACACCGAGCGGUGGGUCUGUUGGGUCGUCAAGUGCGGGCGCUGUGGCGAGCAGGAGUAGCCUCGUUUGA